CGCAGCUGCUAAGCAUGAUGGACGCCGCUGAUCAGAAUGAUCUGUAUGAGGAGGGUGUUACACAUGGCAAUGGGAACGGAGAUGGUUAUGAUCCCGACAAGAAUGGCUCAGGAUUCCACGUUAAACUUGGGGCAAACCGGAAACACCAGUGUACACACAAGAAAAACCGGUUAAUUGUGGACCAUGAGUAUGAAAUGAAGCCAAUGCUUGGUGUUCGCAGCAGUAAAUUAUUAGAACAAAAACCGUCACAUAGCUCCAAAGAAAAACUCGGAAACGGAGAUCUGAAUAAAUAUAAGAGUGUUUCCAUGGAAGAUAACUCAUCCGGUGAACUGAAUGGACGUUUUAUUAACGUAACGCAGUUAGCUGAUAUUGAAAUUGAAUCUCCUGAUGAUGUUAAUGAAAAUUUUAGAACUACUGAGGAGGUUGUUAAAAGGGACGAUGUUUGUGAUGAGGACUUUGCAGAAGAAGCUCCACAGCACAUGAUAGAUACGGCCAAGUCGACUUGCUCUCAUUGUCAGACUGAAUUUAGACCCUCAGAAAACGCGGACUUUGAGGAACGUUUUCAAGAAAUGGCUUCUAAUAUGCAGAGACUGGAAAGCAGGAUGGAGACUCUUAUAUCUCUUCUAGAAAGAAGUGAAAGUGGCAAGACACCACUGAAAGAGGCAGCAAGCGCCGGGAGGGAAAGAAUGACGUCAGUCUGAGGCUUUUAUUAUGAAUAUGAACUUCACAUGGUGUCCAGUAUUUAAUUCUUUACCACUUCACUGGAUGACUGAGGCAAGUGGUGAAGCUGUCCUUUAGACCAAAUUUUUCAAGGAUAUUUACAGAGACUUUUAAACCAAAGCUGCCACAAAUGAGAUAUAUUUUAAUAUUACAAGGAAAUGCAAAUUAGAGGGGAAAAAACCCGCACAAGCAGUGCGAAAUGUUUUUUUCGUAAACUUGCUCGCAAAUUAUGCUCGCAACGAGCAUAAUUUAAAAAGGAACCUAAGACCGUUUUUCCGGAUCACAUUAUUCACCAGCCUUUAUGUAAGUAAUAGUAACGAAGGUCAAUCUUUUUGUCCGCACUGAAAUAUCUGCUCAAUAAUGUUCACAUACACAAUCGAAAUAACUGGGUUUUUAAAAAAACCUACGCCAUGCACUUUCAGAACGACAAAUAGCAGAGGAAAUUUCGAUGUUUUUGUCAUUUGAAAAAAAGGAGAACAGGUGUUUGACGAUUAAAUAUCUCAGAAGUCUCAUACUUCUUACGCUUUACUACUAUACUGAGCUAUUCCGAACACAUUUUCUAAACUUGCAUUGAAUUAUUCUAAUUUCCGUGGUUUCAAAUUGGAAAUUGAACAAAAUUCAUUCCCAAGCAAUGCUCCAAUUCUUGCUUUUGUAGUUCAUACUCGUUAUCAACUCAUUUUAUGAUUCAGUUGAAAACUAUAACAGAGAUACAGCAAGUAUCUGAAAACAGACUAAAAGUAUUUCUGAUGACCAGAAGCAAAAUGGGUUAUUCUAAAAUUAAUUUGCUUCAAAUUACAUUUAAAACUGACCCCCUACCAAAACGGAGUGGUUGAUCUCAAUCAAUACAAAUUGGUAUCUCUGAAGAGAUCAUCUAUUUUCGAAGCACCACGUUUUGCUAAAGAAUUAAUAUAGCGGUCGUUCUUAAGACCUUUUUCCUGCGAAAUUGGAAUAUAACCCUUAGAUAACUUCACCAUUAUUUGCUAAGGGAAACAUAAUUUCUUACUGCGAAAUGAGAGUUUUCAUAUCAAUUUGUAGCCGUUUUUAAAAGGAAUUACUACUUUGUAGAUUUUGUAAAUAUUAAUUUUUAUACCGUUGUAAUGUUUUUUGGAAAUAUCUGUGGACCAAUGACUAUUUAUUACCACAGUCAGGAAAGUUUUAUUGUAAUAUCUUCCGAUAAAUAUGUGAAAUAAACAUUGUGUUGAAUAA